UAUGGAGGCUCAAACUAAUGCCACCUAUUUAAUGAUAUGGAAUCACAUUCAAAUUUAAGGCCAAUGAAACAUUGCCACAUAUCAAAAUGAUGUGGCAUGACAAGUCAUUAGGGUGAUUUUUUAGGUAUUCACAUUCAAUAUUAAGUUAUUAAGUUAAUUCAAGUCACAAAAAAUACGAAACAAUUUCUUUUAUAUCAACAUCUUGCUAGGGGUGUUCACGGAUCUGUUCAUCGGCGUGAUGACUUCCUGUGUCUGCUGCUGAAGAUCGAUCCCCUCCAUUAUGUUUUAUGAGCUCGUUCGACUGGUCUAUGUGAAUCCUAGACCGAUGAUGGAGGAGAGCCAAAUGCAUAAAAAGCUUGUUGUUAUUGCAGCGGUGGAUGUCAUUGCUGGAAAUGUUGACCUUUUAUCUGAAAUUCUACUUCGUCUGCCUGCAAAAUUUCUCAUCAGGUUCAGUAUAGUAUGCAAGCUUUGGUGCUCAAUCAUUACCGGUAUGCAAUUUAGGCUUAGUCACUGUCGUUCUCUUGCAUUCUCUAAUGCUACCUCCCCUUCCGGGAUCUACUUCUGCAAUUGUCUAACCAACCAAAAAAUUAAAUCCCUUCCGCUUGCUGAUAAUGCAACUAGCCUCCCUUCUCUUCCACUCCUUGACCAAUUCAUCAAUUCAAGCAUAGGAGGUGAUACAGUUACUGAAUUCAAGGUUACCCAAUCUUGCAAUGGCCUGUUAAUGUGCAUAUUCACUGCGAGAACUAGUAGAAUUACUAUAAAAAAAGGUAUUGUUUACAAUCCUGCAAAUGGGGAGUGCUGUCUAUUGCCACAUAUUUAA